UCUCAUGCAUCAAUAUUGAUGUUCUCUCAAAUUAAAAUAUUUGUGAGAGUACGUUGGGUGCCCUGUGUUUGGGUUACAUGUUAGAAGUUAUAGGUCUUUUGCCAUGCAAGGCUUUGAUGGAGUGAAGGAUUGGAAUGUUGUGUAAAUCUAAGUAGUGCUUAGCUUGUUAGCGUAUGCAUUUUUAUAUCUAAAAGUUUCGCAUUUGCAAGUGUAACUCUACCCGUUUAAAAAUGGACAAUGAAGAUGCUCCUUCGUCCGUUAAUUUUAUACCAUGUGUGAAAUGGGUGAGAAAAGGAGUUGCGAAAGAAAUUCCAGAGAAGGUUCAGUUAACAGAAGAGGAACUGCAAGAAAUACUUAAUGAAACUAGAGCUGAAGUCAGGACUGUGGAAGAAGAUGACAGUGGAAAUAAAGGAACACAGAAAAAUCCAAUCAGUGAUGCAUUUGAUGAAUACCAUUUUGAUCAGUAUGAUGAUGAAGAUACCAAACCAAAUGCAGGGUUAUUUAUUGGUGAUCUAGCUCUAUAUUCUAGUGGUCAUGGUGACCCAUAUGUGACAUUAGAUGGAAGUGAAGAUGAUGACAGUGAAAAGGAAGAUGAUAUGAUUAACCCUAAAGAUAAUUUGAUCCUUGUAGGUCAUGUAGAAGCUGAUACUAGCAUUUUGGAAGUGUACGUCUACAAUGAAGAGGAGGGAUCUUUAUAUGUACAUCAUGACUUGCUGCUCCCGGCAUUUCCACUGUGCAUUGAAUGGUUGAAUUAUGACCCAGGAGAGGAAAAGCCAGGAAACCUGUGUGCAGUGGGCAGCAUGUCACCAGUCAUUGGGGUGUGGGAUAUUGAUAUUGUGGGCUGCUUGGAACCAGUGUUUGAGCUUGGACAUAGGGCUAACAAAAAGAAAGGCAUUGCUAGGUGUGGCCAUCGUGAUGCUGUACUAGAUCUCUCCUGGAACACCAAUGUUACUCAUGUGAUGGCGAGUGGUUCUGCAGACCAGACAGUGCUGUUAUGGGAUCUGAACUCUGGGAUGGUUGCUUCUACUUUAUCAUCUUUUGAAGAAAAGGUGCAGACACUUCAGUGGCAUCCAUUUGAAGGCCAGACUCUGCUUGUGGGCUCCUGUGACAAAUUGACUCGUGUGUUUGACUGUCGUGUGGAAGAUUCACAUAGAGACUGGGCAGUAAAUGGAGAGGUGGAAUGUGUCCUGUGGGACCAUUUCAAUCCGUUCAACUUUCUUGUCGGUACUAAUUCUGGAAGCAUUCACUACAUUGACUGCCGCAGUGAUACAUCUCUUUGGGAACUUAGUGCCCACACUAAGGAAGUAACAGGUCUAGCUCUGAGUUCCCAGUGUCCAGGAAUGCUGAUGACUGCAGGUGGAGAUGCAAAGCUGAGAACAUGGGACAUCUUGGGCGGGAAGCCUUCUCUGGUAUAUGACCAGCAACAGAAACUGGGUGCUCUUUUGUGUCUGGAUGCCUGUCCAGAUUUGCCCUUCACUGUUUGUAUUGGUGGAGAGAACAAAAAGCACAAUUUCACUGUAGUUGAUAUCAUGGAUAUUUCUGCAGUUCAGAACAGGUUUGCAGACCGGAAGCUUGUAGGUGCUAUAAAAUUGGAAGAGAGAAGGGAAGGUGGUGGAGGAAGCACUUCAGUGGAGAUGGCUGAUGACAUGAUUGAAUCUUUAUCACUAGAAAGCAAGGACCAAGACCAGCCAAGUUCGUCCAGGGUUACUAUGAAAACCUUCCAGUCAAGUCAUUUGAAAAAUCGACACAUACACAGAAGAAAGAGGGGGAUGAUAAAAAAGAAGAAAUGACAUAUAACAAGGUUAUUUGUGUCAUGAGAUAAAGUGCCAUGUUAAAAGUUUUUUCAUGGUCUAAAUAUAAACUUACAGAAAUA